AGCAGCCAUCCAGAGAGUGAGAGACAGGGGGAGGGGGGGUGAGAGUGUGUAUGAGAGAGAGAGCAAGCCACUAUGAGAAGAUAAUAGUAAUGAGUGAGCCCUGGAGACAGGAGAGUCACGUUUACUCGGCAGAUGACAUUGAAGCUGAGGACACCUCCGCCACAUAAUGGCUUCAUUAUCAACCCAAUCUGGACCCUCUGCCCUCCACUUAAUGCCAGAAAUGAACUCAACUGAAUAUCCAUGCCCCCUUUCAGCAAAUAUUAGCACCAAGGUCACUGUGAAAUCCACAGGUUUAGCAAUGUCCUGCUUCACCAUGAUCUUCGGUGCCAUCUCCAACCUCGCCGCUCUUGGCAUCCUGGCCAAGUCCCACAUCCGAUUUCGCCGCCAAGCUAAGGCACCGUUUCUGCUGUUGGCCGGGGCACUGUUAUUGGCCGAUCUUGGAGGUCAUAUGAUCCCAGGCUCCUUUGCUAUGUAUCUACACAUGGAUCAUAGUCAGAGGCACAAAGCAAUGAUGAAGGCUGCGCAGCCCACCAAAGUAUUUUGCCAAAUCUUUGGGGCCAGCAUGGUGUUUUUUGGCCUGUGCCCUUUGUUGCUGGGCGGUGCUAUGGCAGUGGAGCGGUGUGUGGGCAUCACCCAGCCCUUGCUCCACACUGCCAUGAUCACAGUGACCCACAUCCGCCUGGCCGUGCUGCUUCUUUUCUCUCUUGCACUCCUGCUGGCGGUUUUGCCCUUGUUUAACGUUGGCACCUACACCACCCAGUAUCCCGGAACCUGGUGCUUCUUGCCAAUCCAUGGCCCGCGGACCGUGACGGACACCAACCUGGCUCUGGCCUUCUCCUGUCUUGGCCUCUUAGCACUCACACUCUCCCUGCUUUGUAACAUCUCAAGUGUCCUGGCAUUGGUACGAUCACGAGUGAGCUCCAAGAGUGUAAAGCCAACGUCUACCGCUCGCUGUAACCGCCGCACACCAUCCUUAGCCACUUCAUCUUCCUCCUCUUUUUGCUCACUGGAAGUAGAAAUGAUGGCACAAUUGGCAGUUAUCACUGUGGUUUCCUGUGUGUGUUGGAGUCCUUUUCUGUUCCACGUUGUUGUGUCAGUGACGCAGUUCUAUCAAAGCUCCGAUGCUUCAGUCCAUCAGUCAGGGAGGGGGAUUCUGCUGGGUUUGCGUAUGGCCUCCUGGAAUCAAAUCCUGGAUCCCUGGGUUUACAUCAUACUGAGGAGAGCAGUGUUGCACAGAGUUUUCCGUGCCCUCCAUACAAAGAGAUCUACCCUCAGGAAAAGCAGCUCAUGUGCAGACUCACGCAGGCAGGCUCUCAGCCUGCACUGAACAG